CCAGAGUCUCAUGGCUGCUUUUUAUUUAUUGUAUUUUUACCUUACAUUUUGUAAUGAAUUAUACCUGUAAACUGAUCAAACAAAAUCAUUAUGUGAAUGGAAUGUGAUACAAUAUCAGUGAAUCAAGUUUAUUUUUUAUUUUUAUACAUGUUUUUACAAUGGGGAAAGUGUGGAUCUUGCUUGUUCUCGAAGUGCAUUAUUUGUUUGCCAUUACUGAAACUUCGCGUGUAACUGUUGUACAAGGUGAUAUAUUACCUCACCAUGGCCGGUGUGAACCGAUUACUAUACCAUUUUGUCAGCAAAUUAUGUACAAUCAAACAAUUUUUCCGAAUUUAUUGAACCACGCCAAGCAAGAAGAUGCAGGGCCCGAAGUUCAUCAGUUCACCCCCUUGAUCAAAGUGAACUGCUCUCCAGACCUUAAAGCUUUCCUGUGCUCAGUGUAUGCUCCCGUGUGCACCAUACUAGAUACUCCAAUUCCACCUUGCAGACACCUCUGUGAAUCAGCGAGGCAUAAUUGUGAUGAACUGAUGAUUAACUUCGGUUUUUCGUGGCCAGAGUAUCUUGACUGUUCAAAAUUUCCUUUAGACACGCAUGGUAUAUGCUUUGGUGAUAAGAAUACAACACAUGAAUCAAGCAAAAGAACAAAUACAGAAUCGAAACAUGCAAAGGUUGAUUUCAAAACCAAUAAUAAUAUGGAUUCCACCAAAUAUCAAGGUGGCAAAGAUUACGGCUUUGUUUGUCCAGUUCAUUUUAAAGUUCCAAAAAGCUUGGACCUUGAGUACUCCUUGAAAAUAAACAAUAAGGUAGAAUAUGAUUGUGGUGCUCCAUGCAAUGGCAUGUUCUUCAGUCAAGAUGAGAAAUACUUUGCCAGACUGUGGAUUGGAAUUUGGGCAACUCUAUGCACACUCAGCUGUUUGUUUACUGUGUUGACAUUCCUGAUAGAUACAGAUAGAUUUCAGUAUCCAGAACGGCCAAUUAUCUUUCUCUCUGUUUGUUACUUAAUGGUGGCUACAGCUUAUGUGAUGGGGUGGAGCUCAGGGGACAGCAUUAGCUGUCAAGGACCUUUUCCAUCAACGAUCAGUGGCACAAGGCUGCCAAAUAUAUCUGUAAUUACACAAGGAACAAAACAUGAGCCUUGCACUAUUCUAUUUAUGGUUGUUUACUUCUUUAGCAUGGCAUCUAGUAUUUGGUGGGUCAUUUUGACCCUCACUUGGUUCUUGGCAGCUGGUCUGAAAUGGGGACAUGAAGCUAUUGAGGCUAAUUCUCAGUACUUUCACUUGGCAGCUUGGGCUGUGCCUGCUGUGAAGACUAUAUCCAUUCUGGCUAUGGGUAAGGUUGAUGGUGAUAUUUUAUCCGGAGUGUGCUAUGUUGGCUUGUGGGAUGCAGAGGCUCUUCGUGGAUUUGUUUUGGCUCCACUGUGUGUCUACCUGGUACUAGGAACAGUCUUCCUCUUGGCUGGAUUUGUGUCUCUCUUCCGUAUAAGGACUGUCAUGAAGCAUGAUGGUACCAAAACUGAUAAGUUAGAAAAAUUGAUGAUACGUAUUGGUGUGUUUGGAGUUCUUUAUACUGUGCCUGCUCUUAUUGUGAUUGCUUGUUUGUUUUAUGAGCAAGCACAUUUUGAUAACUGGAUGAUAACUUGGAAUCGAGACUUAUGUGCCAACCCACUUUAUUCCAUCCCAUGUCCUAUCAUGCGACAUGAGAUAGAAAGACCUAAAUUUGAAAUGUUCAUGAUAAAAUAUCUCAUGACCAUGAUAGUUGGAAUUACUUCUAGUUUUUGGAUCUGGUCAGGCAAAACAAUUGUUUCUUGGCGUCAAUUCUUUGACAGAAUUAAAGGUCGGAGAGUGGAGGCCUAUGUUUGAAUGGUGUCAUAUUUAUUAUGAACUGAACUCAUAGCAUUUAAAUUAUAUGUUGCUUGUAAAUUGGCAGCGAAUCUCAAUAAGGCUGAUUUUGUAAAUAACUCCACGAAGUAAUGCUCUCUUCUAAUUAGAUGUUAAGUAUUAAUAAUUAUAUUAAGGAACAAAACAAAAACUUGUAAAAUGUAAUAAACAAAUAUGUAUUUUUAUUAACUUGUUUUAAUUAAAUACAACAACAGGGCUCAUCGUGUUGGUUUAAAUUCAAAUAUGCUAUUUACCAAUGCAUAAAGUAGAAUAUGCAUUAACCAUCGCAAAUUUGCCACUGAAUGCUUAAAACUUAAUUUACUUCAGAUAAUUACAUAAUUUAUUAAAACUAUUCAUUUCAAGUAUA